AUUUUCCACUUCACUCUAUCAAGGGACUAAAACGGGGAGAGGAAAAUCCCAGAACCCUAAGCAUCAUUGUCAAAUCAAAACCCAAAUUCAAUCACAAGAACAAACACAACAAUCCUAUCAACACGUUGGUAGGGUUUUGUUUGGGGGUUUCUAGGGUUUAUUUUCGUCUUCACAUCAGAUCUUAAAGACGGGGUAGUCUCAAUUAACCGCCAUGUAUAACAACAACAACAACGGGGGGCCGAUAGCUCCGCCGGGAACGAGCGGAGCUGUGCCAAUACCUCCCCCAUCUCAGCCGUCGUAUACCGUGCUUACAACGACGCCCUCCCCUCAGGAGGCGGAGGCGAGGUUGGAGGAGAAAGCUAGAAAAUGGAUGCAACUUAACUCGAAGAGGUAUGGAGACAAGAGGAAGUUUGGGUUCGUUGAGGCCCAGAAAGAGGACAUGCCUCCCGAGCACGUGAGGAAGAUUAUUAGAGACCAUGGGGAUAUGUCCUCGAAGAAAUAUCGUCAUGAUAAACGUGUGUAUCUAGGAGCCCUUAAAUUCAUCCCACAUGCAGUUUACAAGCUCCUUGAGAAUAUGCCAAUGCCAUGGGAACAAGUUCGUGAUGUGAAGGUUUUAUAUCAUAUUACUGGAGCCAUCACCUUUGUGAAUGAAAUUCCAUGGGUUGUUGAACCUAUUUAUCUGGCUCAGUGGGGUACAAUGUGGAUCAUGAUGAGAAGAGAGAAGAGAGAUCGUCGGCAUUUCAAGAGAAUGCGUUUUCCACCAUUUGAUGAUGAGGAACCUCCAUUAGACUAUGCUGAUAAUCUGUUAGAUGUUGAUCCUCUGGAGCCAAUUCAACUAGAGCUGGAUGAAGAAGAAGAUUCUGCUGUAUAUACUUGGUUUUAUGACCAUAAGCCUCUUGUGAAAACAAAGCUUAUAAAUGGUCCAAGUUACCGCAAAUGGCACCUUUCUCUUCCAAUCAUGGCUACUCUUCACCGGCUUGCAGGGCAGCUACUUUCAGAUUUAAUCGACCGCAACUAUUUCUACUUGUUUGACAUGGAGUCAUUCUUUACAGCCAAAGCAUUGAAUAUGUGCAUUCCUGGUGGCCCUAAAUUUGAGCCUUUGUACCGUGACAUGGAGAAAGGUGAUGAGGACUGGAAUGAAUUCAAUGAUAUCAACAAACUCAUUAUUCGGUCACCUCUGAGGACCGAGUAUAGAAUUGCCUUCCCUCAUCUUUAUAACAACAGGCCUCGUAAAGUGAGGCUUGGGGUAUACCAUACUCCCAUGGUCAUGUACAUAAAAACUGAGGAUCCUGAUUUGCCUGCAUUUUAUUAUGAUCCUUUGAUACACCCCAUAACUUCCACUAACAAGGAUCGGCGAGAAAAGAAGGUUCAUGAUGAUGGUGAUGAUGAGGAUGAUGAUUUCUAUCUGCCAGAGCAGGUGGAGCCAUUGCUGAAAGAUACUCAACUUUACACUGAUACUACAGCUGCUGGAGUUUCCCUAUUAUUUGCUCCACGUCCUUUCAACAUGAGAUCUGGUCGAAUGCGACGAGCUGAGGAUAUACCUCUUGUGUCAGAGUGGUAUAAGGAGCACUGUCCUCCAUCUUAUCCAGUAAAAGUUCGAGUCAGCUAUCAGAAAUUGUUGAAAUGUUUUGUGUUGAAUGAGCUGCAUCAUCGACCGCCCAAGGCUCAGAAGAAGAAGCACUUGUUUCGGUCUCUCCAGGCAACAAAGUUCUUCCAAACCACAGAGCUUGAUUGGGCUGAAGCAGGUCUUCAAGUUUGUAAGCAGGGGUACAACAUGCUGAAUCUGUUGAUUCAUAGAAAAAAUUUGAAUUACCUUCAUCUUGAUUACAACUUCAAUUUGAAGCCUGUGAAAACUCUCACCACUAAAGAGCGUAAGAAGUCUAGGUUUGGAAAUGCUUUUCAUCUUUGCCGUGAAAUUCUGCGUUUGACAAAGCUUGUAGUUGAUGCCAAUAUCCAGUUCCGCCUGGGUAAUGUUGAUGCCUUCCAAUUGGCUGAUGGGUUGCAAUAUACUUUCUCCCAUGUGGGUCAGUUGACUGGUAUGUAUCGUUACAAGUACAGGCUGAUGCGCCAGAUUAGGAUGUGCAAGGACUUGAAGCACUUGAUCUACUACCGCUUCAAUACUGGCCCAGUGGGGAAGGGACCUGGAUGUGGAUUCUGGGCUCCAAUGUGGAGGGUGUGGCUAUUUUUCCUUCGUGGUAUAGUGCCUCUCUUGGAAAGAUGGUUAGGAAAUUUACUGGCUCGACAAUUUGAAGGUCGCCAUUCAAAAGGAGUUGCAAAGACUGUCACCAAGCAACGUGUUGAAAGUCAUUUUGACUUGGAGCUUCGAGCUGCUGUCAUGCAUGAUGUUCUUGAUGCCAUGCCGGAGGGUAUCAAGCAAAACAAGGCUAGAACUAUUUUGCAGCAUCUCAGUGAGGCAUGGCGCUGUUGGAAAGCAAAUAUACCUUGGAAGGUACCUGGUUUGCCGGUUCCGAUUGAGAAUAUGAUCCUUCGGUAUGUCAAGUCAAAAGCUGACUGGUGGACAAAUGUUGCGCACUACAAUCGUGAACGUAUUAGACGGGGUGCAACAGUAGAUAAGACUGUUUGUCGGAAGAAUCUUGGAAGAUUGACUCGCCUUUGGCUGAAGGCUGAACAGGAACGACAACACAACUAUUUGAAAGAUGGUCCAUAUGUUACCCCAGAAGAAGCUGUUGCUAUUUACACGACAACCGUGCAUUGGUUGGAAUCGAGAAAGUUUUCUCCCAUUCCAUUUCCACCAUUGUCAUACAAGCAUGACACAAAGCUACUUAUCCUUGCUCUGGAGAGGCUAAAAGAGUCGUACAGUGUGGCUGUCAGAUUAAAUCAGUUGCAGAGAGAAGAGCUUGGUCUCAUUGAACAAGCAUAUGAUAAUCCUCAUGAGGCUUUGUCAAGAAUUAAGCGUCAUCUGCUUACGCAGCGUGCCUUUAAAGAAGUUGGCAUUGAGUUCAUGGACUUGUACAGCUAUUUGAUUCCAGUUUAUGAAAUUGAGCCGCUGGAGAAAAUUACAGAUGCUUAUCUUGACCAGUAUUUAUGGUAUGAAGGUGACAAGCGGCACCUCUUUCCAAACUGGAUUAAGCCUGCAGAUUCAGAGCCUCCACCACUUUUGGUUUAUAAAUGGUGUCAGGGUAUAAACAAUCUGCAAGGGAUAUGGGACACAAGUGAUGGACAGUGUGUGGUGAUGCUUCAAACUAAGUUUGAGAAGUUCUUUGAAAAGAUUGACUUGACCAUGCUAAACAGGCUUCUGCGUUUGGUCCUUGACCACAAUAUUGCAGAUUAUGUCACUGCAAAGAAUAAUGUUGUCUUGUCCUAUAAAGAUAUGAGCCAUACAAAUUCUUAUGGCCUUAUACGCGGUCUUCAGUUUGCUUCAUUUGUUGUACAGUAUUAUGGACUUGUGCUGGACCUAUUGCUUCUUGGUUUGACACGUGCUAGUGAGAUUGCUGGACCCCCUCAGAUGCCAAAUGAGUUAAUCACUUACUGGGACACAAAAGUUGAGACAAGGCAUCCAAUAAGGCUGUAUUCUAGGUACAUUGAUAGGGUUCACAUCUUGUUCCGCUUCACUCACGAAGAGGCUCGAGAUCUUAUCCAGCGUUAUCUUACUGAGCAUCCUGAUCCCAACAAUGAGAAUAUGGUUGGAUACAACAACAAGAAGUGCUGGCCAAGGGAUGCGAGAAUGAGGCUUAUGAAACAUGAUGUCAAUCUCGGCAGGAGUGUUUUCUGGGAUAUGAAGAACCGUCUUCCCAGAAGUAUUACAACUUUGGAGUGGGAAAACAGCUUUGUUUCUGUUUACAGCAAGGACAAUCCGAAUCUGCUUUUCAGCAUGUCUGGAUUUGAAGUUCGAAUACUUCCAAAAAUAAGAAUGACCCAAGAAGCAUUCAGCAAUACAAGGGAUGGGGUCUGGAAUUUGCAGAAUGAACAGACCAAAGAGAGAACUGCAGUUGCUUUCUUGCGAGUUGAUGAUGAACACAUGAAGGUAUUUGAGAACCGUGUCAGGCAGAUUCUUAUGUCUUCAGGGUCAACAACAUUCACCAAAAUUGUCAACAAAUGGAAUACAGCCCUGAUAGGUCUCAUGACUUACUUCCGUGAAGCAACUGUACAUACCCAAGAACUUUUAGAUUUGCUGGUCAAAUGUGAAAACAAAAUCCAAACACGUAUUAAGAUUGGGUUGAACUCGAAAAUGCCCAGCAGAUUUCCUCCAGUCAUUUUUUAUACCCCAAAAGAAAUUGGAGGACUUGGAAUGUUAUCCAUGGGUCACAUAUUGAUUCCUCAAAGUGACCUCCGAUAUAGUCAGCAGACAGAUGUUGGUGUCACCCACUUUAGGAGUGGAAUGAGCCAUGAGGAGGACCAGCUGAUUCCAAAUCUUUAUCGUUACAUACAGCCAUGGGAGAGUGAGUUCAUAGAUUCGCAGCGUGUUUGGGCAGAGUAUGCACUGAAGAGGCAGGAAGCUCAGGCUCAGAAUAGGCGUUUAACCCUUGAGGAUCUGGAAGAUUCAUGGGACAGGGGAAUACCACGUAUAAAUACUUUGUUCCAGAAGGACAGACAUACUUUAGCCUAUGAUAAAGGUUGGAGAGUGCGCACAGACUUUAAGCAGUAUCAAGUAUUGAAACAGAACCCUUUCUGGUGGACCCACCAAAGGCAUGAUGGUAAAUUGUGGAACUUGAACAACUAUCGAACUGAUGUCAUUCAAGCUCUUGGAGGUGUUGAGGGUAUUCUUGAGCACACUUUGUUCAAAGGAACAUACUUUCCAACUUGGGAAGGUCUCUUCUGGGAAAAGGCAUCAGGUUUUGAGGAAUCGAUGAAAUAUAAGAAGCUUACUAAUGCACAGAGAUCUGGUCUAAACCAAAUUCCUAACCGUCGAUUCACGCUCUGGUGGUCUCCUACAAUAAAUAGGGCCAAUGUCUAUGUGGGUUUCCAAGUGCAGUUGGAUUUAACUGGAAUUUUCAUGCAUGGGAAGAUUCCUACCUUGAAGAUAUCUCUGAUUCAGAUCUUCCGUGCUCAUCUGUGGCAAAAGAUUCAUGAGAGUGUGGUGAUGGAUCUCUGUCAGGUCUUGGAUCAGGAGUUGGAUGCUUUGGAAAUUGAAACUGUGCAGAAAGAAACAAUCCAUCCAAGGAAGAGUUACAAAAUGAACAGCUCUUGUGCAGAUAUUCUCCUAUUUGCUGCUCAUCGAUGGCCAAUGUCAAAGCCUAGUCUUGUUGCCGAGUCAAAGGAUAUGUUUGACCAGAAAGCAAGCAAUAAAUACUGGAUAGAUGUACAACUCCGUUGGGGAGAUUAUGAUUCUCAUGACAUUGAGCGGUAUACUCGGGCCAAAUUUAUGGAUUAUACAACAGACAACAUGUCUAUCUAUCCAUCUCCAACUGGGGUGAUGAUUGGGCUUGAUCUGGCAUAUAAUUUGCAUUCUGCAUUUGGUAACUGGUUCCCUGGAUCAAAACCAUUGCUUGCUCAGGCAAUGAAUAAGAUAAUGAAGUCAAAUCCAGCUUUGUAUGUCUUGAGAGAGCGUAUAAGGAAAGGCUUGCAGUUGUAUUCUUCUGAACCUACUGAACCAUAUUUAUCAUCGCAAAACUAUGGAGAAAUUUUCAGCAAUCAGAUAAUAUGGUUUGUGGAUGACACAAAUGUGUAUCGUGUUACAAUCCACAAAACAUUUGAAGGAAAUCUCACAACUAAACCCAUCAAUGGCGCAAUCUUUAUAUUCAAUCCAAGGACUGGACAGCUGUUCCUUAAGGUCAUCCACACAAGUGUAUGGGCAGGUCAGAAGCGUCUUGGUCAGUUAGCCAAGUGGAAAACAGCAGAAGAAGUUGCUGCUCUUGUUCGGUCUCUGCCUGUUGAGGAACAACCAAAACAAAUCAUUGUUACUCGUAAAGGAAUGUUGGAUCCAUUGGAGGUCCACUUGUUGGAUUUCCCCAACAUAGUUAUCAAAGGAAGUGAGCUGCAGCUUCCUUUCCAGGCCUGCUUGAAGAUUGAGAAAUUUGGUGAUCUAAUUUUGAAGGCAACAGAACCUCAAAUGGUUUUGUUCAAUAUCUAUGAUGACUGGCUGAAGAGUAUCUCAUCAUACACUGCAUUCUCCCGUCUCAUUCUCAUUCUUCGUGCACUUCAUGUAAACAAUGAGAAAGCAAAGAUGCUACUAAAGCCUGACAAAACAAUCGUCACAGAGCCUCAUCACAUCUGGCCUUCUUUGUCUGACGAUCAAUGGAUGAAGGUUGAGGUUGCCCUAAGAGAUCUCAUACUCUCAGACUAUGCCAAGAAGAACAAUGUGAAUACCUCAGCUCUGACACAGUCCGAGAUCCGUGAUAUUAUACUUGGAGCUGAGAUUACUCCACCUUCCCAACAGAGGCAACAAAUUGCUGAGAUUGAGAAACAGGCGAAGGAAGCAAGCCAGCUGACAGCAGUCACAACAAGGACUACAAAUGUUCAUGGGGAUGAGCUCAUUGUCACCACCACUAGUCCCUAUGAGCAAUCUGCAUUUGGGUCCAAAACAGAUUGGCGUGUAAGGGCAAUAUCGGCUACAAAUCUCUAUCUUCGAGUGAAUCAUAUAUAUGUCAACUCAGAGGACAUAAAGGAAACUGGAUAUACGUACAUCAUGCCAAAGAAUAUUUUGAAGAAGUUCAUCUGCAUAGCAGAUCUACGAACUCAAAUUGCUGGAUACUUGUAUGGUAUAAGCCCACCAGAUAAUCCUCAGGUUAAGGAAAUUCGUUGUAUUGCCAUGGUACCGCAAUGGGGGACUCAUCAGCAAGUUCAUCUUCCUUCAGCUCUUCCUGAGCAUGAUUUCCUUACUGAUCUUGAGCCUUUGGGAUGGAUGCACACACAACCAAAUGAGCUUCCCCAGUUAUCACCUCAAGAUCUUACUAGUCAUGCUCGGAUUUUAGAAAACAACAAGCAGUGGGAUGGAGAGAAGUGCAUUAUCUUGACCUGCAGUUUCACCCCAGGUUCCUGCUCAUUAACUGCAUAUAAGCUUACCCCAAGCGGUUAUGAGUGGGGACGAGUCAACAAGGACACAGGAAGCAAUCCCCAUGGUUAUCUUCCAACUCAUUACGAGAAAGUCCAGAUGCUUUUAAGUGAACGGUUCCUUGGUUUCUACAUGGUUCCCGACAACGGUCCAUGGAACUAUAACUUCAUGGGAGUGAAGCAUACUGUGAGCAUGAAAUAUGGCGUGAAGCUUGGCACACCCAGAGAAUACUACAACGAAGAUCACAGGCCAACUCAUUUCUUGGAGUUCAGCAACUUGGAGGAGGGUGAAACCGCAGAGGGUGAUCGCGAGGAUACAUUCUCUUAAAUCUAAUGGCGGCGCCAUUGAGGUUAUAGUUUAGUGUGAAUUAAUUGUAGUAGUACCUACUUGCAAACUUCAAAUUUUAAAGUAGAUUCUACUCGGCAACUUGGGCAAUAAAGCAGUGCCCUUUUUUGGUUAUAGAACAUAUUUUAUAUUGUUGUUGUUGUUUUAACCGGAUGAGAGAUGUAAGCCCAUUUAACAUUUUGAUGUCUUGUAAAUAUAUGGUAAAGAAAUUCAUAAAUUGAAGUUAUUGUCUA